AUGAGUGAUUCAUCUUCUUCCAAUUCAAAUUCAGAAGGACACUCUCCUAGUCCAGCACAUGUGAAUCAUAUUUUUGGUGUGUUAAAAGACUACUACCAGUUCAUCCAAUCGAGUAAUCAGCCUGCAAAAAAAUCAGACUUGGAUUGCUAUUUGGAGGAACCUAUCUUACCUUGGAGCCAGGAUUUUAGUGCAUUGACUUGGUGGAGAACUACAGGCGCUAAGUAUCCUACCCUUUCAAAGAUGGCACGUGAUUUUCUGGCUGUUCCAGUUUCUCUUGCAACUUCAUAUGAGGCAUCAUUCUAUACCGAACCAAGGCCAACAUGGGGAUCAGAUCAGCUUAGUAUAGCAUUUGGCAUGGACAUCAAGUUUAUUACUGUUGAAUUCCAUGAUGAAGACUAA